GAAAGCAAGUUUGCAUAGGCCCCAUGACAGUCCGCUCUCUGGCAUGAAUUCCAUCCUCUCCUUUUCUCUGUAUAUCUCUCCAAAAUUGUACUAUUUCGUUCACCUCUCAUAAAAAAUCACUCAACCUCCAUUCCUUUCUUGAUUAAGCAAAACCCUCCACCAGCAAAAAUUAAAGCCCUUUUCUUGAUCCAAGAAAGAACGACCCGAUCAUCAGCAUCAUUGGAUGUCAUCAUCGGGAGAGAGAGGAAAGAGCUUGAUGGAACCAUCAGGGUCAGGAGAGCAGCAGCAGCCAGCGACUCCGAGCCGGUACGAGUCGCAGAAGAGGCGUGACUGGAACACUUUCGGACAGUAUCUCAAGAACCAGAGGCCGCCGAUGCCAUUGUCUCAAUGCAGCUGCAGCCACGUGCUUGAUUUCCUCAGGUACUUGGACCAGUUCGGGAAGACAAAGGUCCACGUCCCCGGCUGCAUGUUCUACGGCCAGCCCGAGCCGCCGGCUCCAUGCAUCUGCCCUCUCAGGCAGGCCUGGGGGAGCCUCGACGCUCUCAUCGGACGGCUCAGAGCCGCCUACGAGGAGAACGGUGGGCCCCCCGAGACGAACCCUUUCGCCAGCGGAGCCAUCAGGGCUUACCUCAAGGAGGUCAGGGACUGUCAGGCCAAGGCGAGAGGCAUUCCGUACAAGAAGAAGAAGAAGAAGAAGAAGCCGACGCACGACUCGUCUUCCUCCUCCUUCUCCUAGAUUUGACGUCUCGUCGGAUCUUGAAUCUUUGCCGAGUUCUCUCCCCAUGGGUUCUUUCCCAUCUCCUUGUAAAAGCAUUCUCAUUCAAAGCGCUUUACGACGACGAUGUUAGCCAAGAUGGCGCAUGCCUGCGUAUAUAUAGUGAGAGUUAUGGUAGCGGUGUAAGUUUUCGUGCUCGUUAUUUUCUCGAAAAGCUGGCCUUUCGAUCUGUUUGGGGCGUUUAAAUCCCAUCUAUAUAUCGGUAUCUGUAAGUUUGAUUAAUUUUUACAGUAUGAUCGACUUCACGGAUAUGACCUAACCGGGAUGACGAUUUAGACCCUUACAAUAACCAUGUGAUUCACAUAACCGAUGUUCGUACGGAUUCCUUCUUGAUGGUUUGUAGGAUGAA